AUCCCUCGCUCUCCUCGUGCCUCUCCACUCGCCAGCAGUCUCAAGCCAACACAACAGCCAUCGACCACCUCAACCCAUCAAAUCACCAAUCAUCCUCAUUUCUCUUUCUUCAGUCCAACGCUGCCCUUCGAGUCCUACAGAAAACACAUACAAUCAGAACAGUAACAUUCGAACAUGUCAUCGGAGCUCUGUCCAGUUUACGCCCCUUUCUUCGGUGCCAUGGGCUGCACCGCCGCCAUCGUCUUUACGUGUAUCGGUGCCUCCUACGGCACCUCAAAGUCGGGCGUCGGGAUUAGCGCCAUGGGCGUCCUUCGGCCCGAUCUGAUGAUGAAAUGCAUUAUCCCUGUCGUCAUGGCUGGUAUUAUCGCAAUUUAUGGACUUGUCGUUUCCGUCCUGAUCUCUGGAUCACUGCAAUCCCCGAUGCCACUCUACCAAGGAUUUGUCCAGCUUGGGGCCGGUCUGUCCGUCGGCUUGGCCGGUCUCUCGGCAGGAUUUGCCAUCGGUAUCGUCGGUGACGCAGGUGUCCGUGGCACGGCUCAACAACCCCGCUUGUUUGUUGGAAUGGUGUUGAUUCUCAUCUUCGCCGAAGUACUGGGUCUCUAUGGGCUGAUCGUUGCAUUAAUCCUCAACACUCGAGGUUCCCAGCACCCACCUUGCUAAACUUCACAAGCCCCUCGAAAGCUCUCUUUCCGUUCCCCUUUACAUAUAGAUCGAUUAGAAACAAUCAGCUCAUGUUUAGUUCCCGGAAAGUAGUAGCCUUGAAUGUCCUUCAUGUACUCGCGCUUCCUGAAGACAGCUUAAAGUUUCUGUUCUUUUUGUUAUGUUGUUAAUUUUUUUUUCCGUGCCAAUUCAAACAAACAAAGAAAAAAAAACCUUCUCAUAACAACAAGCCUACUGAACACAAAAAGAUAAGAAUUUACAUCUCUUUCUCUCUCUAUGUUUCCCUUUCUCCAUUGAUGUCUCACUUGUGUUUUAAGAAACCUUUAUUCAUCCUUAUCAAUUCUUCUACCUUGUUUUCUCCUUAUUUCAUUUCUUUGUUCUCACCAUUGCGUUGGACCAAUCGUUUAUUUUGUUAAUGAUCAAGUUAAAAUAAAACCAGUGCGAACCCUC